AUGUCUUCGUCAUCAUCAUCAACUCCCGAAGAAAAGGUAACCCUCAAUAUUCGAUUGUUGGACGGAACACCACUGCAAGUUAUCUUCAAAGCAGAGGCUAAAUUAUCAGUCGUUCAACGUUAUGUUCAAGUCAAAGCAGUUGAACUCGAAAAACAUAAAUUACCUUUUGGAUCCGCAUAUAUUGAAGACAAUGGAAUUGAAUUUGAAACCUUGAUGCCAAAGAAACGAUUUCACUUUGAAGAGUUUCCGAAUAUUACUUUGAAAGAGGCUGGUUUAUUUCCUAAAGCUGCUCUCGUUGUGGUACGAGUAAAUAAAGAUCCUAAUGAUUUGAAGAGAGGAAAAGGAACGAUUGCUGAUGCUCAAAAAGGAGAUGUAAUCCAUCAUGCACAUCAUGUUCGGGGUGACAAUCAUGAAAAGAAACAAGCCUUCGCUGAGAAGCAACGCUUGGAGGAACAAGAGCAAAAGAAAAAGGAAGUUGAAGAGAAGAAAAGGGAAUUAGAAAAAAUUAGAGCUCAAAUUAAAGAAGAUAAAGAUACGAGACAAACUGUUGAUUGGGUGGGAAAUGCAUUAAAAAAGGAUAAAAAGGAUACCACAAAGAGUGCAAAUAUACCGCCAAGUGAUGAUCAGUAA